GCGGCGGAGGGAAGGAAGAAGGCAGCGGCUAAGUGUGUGUGUGUCCCCGUGCAUCUGAAGUCAUGUCCCGCCUACGGCCUCGUGUUAAACUUGUCGCGCCGUGAAGAGCUAUCUGCCGGCGGCGUGUUGGGCCCUGAGAGGCGAGGAAAGCUGAGAAGGCCGAAAAACAGCACAGAGGGACCUAUUAAGAGCUUUAAAGACCACAAAAAAGAAGAAAUAGAAGAAAACUACCUCCACUACCACCACCAAAGUUCCGUGCAUCCACCACCACCACCAACAACAAUAACAACAACAUUCGUCACUUCUUGUCCCUCCUACGGGCUGUGAAGGACGAAAAACAGCACAGAGGGACCUAUUAAGAGCUGUAAAGACCACGAAAAAUAAGAAAUAGAAGAAAAACCACCACCACCGUAGCAUCGUGCAUCCACCACCACCGUAGCUUCGUGCAUCCACCACCACCACCACCACCAUGCCUGUUGGAGCAGACGGGUUUCGGCUUCAGAAUGUGAACGAGAACAAGGAGAAGAACAAACUGGAAUGGGUGACGGGCCCCAGCCAGGACGAUUACAACCGCACCUUUGUGAUCAAUGAUGAGGAUCACACGCUGGGCAAUGCACUCAAGCACAUCAUCAUGCAGAAUCCUGAUGUGGAAUUUUGUGGCUACACAGUCCCCCACCCCAUGGAGAGAAAGAUCCAUGUGAGAGUGCAGACCCACAGCACCCCAGCCCUGCAAGUCCUCCACAAGGCUCUCAAGGACUUAAAGAAGCUUAAUGAAGAGAUCAGGGAAAAAAUUGAGGUUGAGGUCCAGAGAUACAAGGACACCCAUCCACCCUCAGAUGCAGAGGCAGACUGACCCUGAAGCAAGACACCUACACUAAAAAUGUGUAAACUAUUGUUUUUGUAAUAAAUAUAUGAAAAAUUA